UCCUCCUGCGUGCCUUGACUAUUGGAAUUACAAGUUUUGCCCAACUCGUGCGCCUAUAAGAAAGCCAACGAAGCAAGCUCCUCAAAACUAUACACCAAAUUCCUUCUUCUUCUUUCUAUCCGAGCAAGAAGCCAAUUGAGAAGCAACUUAUCAGUUUCCUUGUUUCCUCCCGGCCAGAGUAGAUGAUGACGGAUUCACUCACAGAGGAUCAGGUCGCUGAUUUCCGGGAAGCCUUUAGCCUCAUUGACAGGGACUCUGAUGGAUUUAUUACAGUGGAUGAAAUGGCUUCCAUUGUGCAGUCACUAGACGGAAAUCCUACAAAAGAAGAAAUUCGAGAAAUGAUAACUGAAGUGGAUAUUGAUGGUAAUGGGAGUAUAGAUUUUGAGGAGUUCUUGACUAUAAUGGGCAGGAAAAUGAAGUUCCAACAGGAAAAUCUGACAGAGGAACUAAAAGAAGCGUUUAAGGUAUUUGACAGAGAUGAGGACGGAUACAUUUCUGCCUCCGAGCUGAGGCACGUGAUGACGAACAUGGGAGAGAGGCUCACGGAUGAAGAGGCAGAGCAGAUGAUUAAAGAGGCGGAUUUGGAUGGGGAUGGUCUGGUUAGCUAUGAAGAAUUUGCAAGGAUGAUGAUGGCCAACUGAUCUCAAUCACCGUGCAUAGCAAGAGUAAACUUGUGUUGGCUGAAAAUUAGCCCCACCAACCUAUUCUGUAAAUCCUUCCUUUCAUUGUAUCAUACCAUAAUUAAGGGGGUGUUAGGAUGAAACCAAACUAUGGUUU